GCGUAUGGGACCAUAAUAACGCAGCGCUGCACUGGUGGAGAGGUCCGCGGUCCUUUCAUUCAAUACAGACAGAAAGUUCAGCUAAAACAGCCGCUGUAAUCCGGCUACUGUAACUUAUAACAUAUAACUAACUUUAUAACCUAAUAUUUACACAACCUUUAAUCAGAACUACAGCAUUAAAAACAGAGCCGUGGUCAAUUAAACACGACAUACAGCUGGGUGUUAUGAUGUUAGCACUGGUGUGUUAGCAACACGUCAAUUGUGGAACACCAACAACUAAGAUAAGCUAAGCUAAGCUAACUAACUUAUAUAUAGAUAACCAGCAAACUGUUAGAUUAGAUAACCUAGUUUUGACAUUAAUAUAAAUAGCAUUAGCAAGUCGUUAUAUUAGGGUUGAACUAAUGUUCUUAGUUGUUUCCUACCCAUUCUUCUGCUUUCACUGUACUGUAUCUGAGUGUUGCUAACCUAGCUUAACUAACCUAGGCUAGUUAUCUAGUUAGCUUAUUUAGAUAGGGUUAUUUAGUAUGGUUAGAUGACUAGGUGCUGACUCACUUUAAAUGAGUUAGCUACAAAAUAACUUAAUUAACCUACUUUUGGCAGUAAUAUAAAUAACGUUAACUAGUCUGUUAUUCAUGCUGCUAUGUUCACUAUGCUGUAUUUUAGUGUAGCUUAACUAACUAACUAUCUAGGUUAGCUAGCUAAAUAGAUAACAUAUAGCGUAAAUAGUGGACCUUGAUUGCUAUUUGUUUCUUUUAUGAGUUAAAAUUUAGUUUAGGAUACGAUUUGUACUAACACUGCACUUAUAAAAAUGGAGGACCCCGAUAUUGACCUUCCAGAGAGAGCAAGGUACUUCUGGUCUCGGUUGGACGUAGACAUGGUUUUUGACGAAUUGCUGAGUUUCCUCAUUAGUCUGAGAGACAACAUCAAAAUCAAGAACGCUUCGGACAAAGACUACAUCCAAGCCAUGAAUAUCAUCCUGGAAGCUGAGGUGACGCUGAGUGGAGCCUUGAAGAAUGACACCUUUGAGCAGGUGCUCAUCAGUGAAGACAUCCUGACUGUGUCUGUGUCAGAUACUCACUGUGCUUUUCUGAAGGAUGGAUCUAUGCAAGAGGAUGAAUUGGACGAGGACUGCUCAAGAGGUUCACGAAACCCAGAGUCUGGUUCGGACAACAGCCAGAUGUCUUCAUAUAACAGAAAUAAUAAUGCUUCAUUAGAGAAAGUCGACCAAUAUGACCACGUGUUGCUGCAGUCAUCACCCAGAUUUUCCCCAAAUGACCAAAUGGCCCCCGUGUCACCCAUCCAGGUUUUAUACCUGGAGCACGACUGCAGCCAAGCCUGCAUCCCUCAACUACCGCCCAGCAUGAACCAUUACCUGGGCCAGAAUCCUUUGCGAGUGCCUCUACUCUGCAAGUUCCAGCGGCAGUGUGCUUUUCACUGCUCAUCGGUAGAGCAGGAAGAUGAGCUGCAAGACUCUGUGGAGGCAGAUGUUCUCUAUAAAGCCCCGUGUGGGCGGGGCUUGUGCUGCAUGGACGACGUGUUGCAGUUUCUACAACAGACUGAAAGCCUUGGAAGUUUGCAACCAGUGAAUUUCAGCUUUAACCCAGAAGUGCUGCCGGACCGCGAAUCUCCUCCGAGACUGCUGGGCUCUGCUCCAUCACUUUCAGCAACCAUUUUAUUUGAAAGAGACAUUAGUCGUGGGACGGAGGCGGUCCCGGUCCCGCUGUGCAACGAGGUGGACGGGGUGCGACCCAAAGAGUUUCGCUACCGCAAAGAGCGCUGGCCUCACGGCUGUUUCCUGAGUGCAGCUCCAUUCUUCUCAGCCUGUUGUGACUGCGCAGACGGCUGCACAGACGUAAAGAGAUGCUUGUGUCUUCAGCGGUCUCUGAAAGCAGGUGCUGCCCCAAAGCAGCUUUAUGACCACCAGCGGUUAAAUGAGCCUGUGUCCACAGGGUUAUUUGAGUGUGGCCCUUGGUGCGCGUGCGAGAAAAGCAAGUGUCUGAAUCGUGUGGUCCAGCGUGGGCUUCGUGUUCGCCUGCAAGUGUUUCGCACCAGUGACAAAGGGUGGGGUGUUCGCUGUCGUGAUGACCUGGACAAGGGCACCUUUGUUUGUAUUUAUGCAGGUGUUGUCCUCAGUCUUGAGCAGAGCUUAGAGGAUACAAUCUCCUCUAAAAACUUGAAGGACGAUGCAGCGUCAGAUGAUGAGGUGGAGGUGGUGGAGGAAUGGACUCUCCCUACAGGACAGAAAACAACAGUUACUGAAACACUGGACAUCUCGCCUCCUCUUUAUGUUCCUGUGAUCAAGAAGCCUGCAGAUCAGACCUCUGUGGUUCUGGAUGGAGAGAAGGAACAGCUGGAGCAGCAGGAUCUCCAGGAAGAAAUUAAGACUUCAUCACCCGAUUCCAAUAAAACAGAAAUGAAAGACCAAGAUGAUAAAAAAGAAGAAGUAGUGAGGAAAAAGCCUCGGUUGGAGUCCAAAGAGAAAAAAGGAGAUACCCCCCACCCAGAUCAAGCGGUGCCUAAGGGACAUGUCCUGAAACAAGGCCCUCAGGAGAACAUGUACUAUCUUGAUGCUUCGAAAGAAGGAAACGUAGCAAGGUUUAUAAAUCACAGCUGCAAUCCAAACUUGUUUGUCCAGAAUGUGUUUGUGGACACCCACAAUCCAAAAUUCCCACUCGUUGCUUUCUUCACCUGCAGAUCAAUCAAAGCAGGUACAGAACUGACCUGGAACUACUCCUAUAACCCGGGAAGCGACCCUGAGCAUGAGGUGCCAUGCCUAUGCGGUUACAAGAACUGUCAAACCAUUCUUAUCUAAGUGAAGUGUGAGAGGUCGCUGCAUUUGUCGCUGCAUACCUGAGUUGUGUUGGCAGCAACAGCAGGCUUAAAAGCACAGGAAACCCAAGCUAAACCACGUUCGAGAUCUGCACUGUAUGGUGAAAUGUGUUAUUCUGAAGCUGAUCGAGAAGAGAUUUCUUUUUUACAUGUUGUGUUUGUACUGGAAAGUAAAGUAAAUUUGGAAAAGAAAAGAAAUGUAUUGUAAUUUCUACUUUGUUUCUAUGCUGCAGAAGCAACACUUGAAUGGUGUGUAACAAGGCUGAUUCUUUAUACCAUCUUCUAAAUAAACUUCUUUUACAAACA